AUGCGAAAGUGAAAGCGAAUCUGAAGCAAUGCGAGGAAGAUGAGCAAAACGAAGAGAGGAACAAAUGAUUUCUUCACAGAUGCGCAGAGCGGCCUAGACGAUGCCAUGGACGCCAGAAAGAGGAGAUCCGUGUCUCCGGCUCCAGAGUCCAGCCGUGUGUCUGUGAGGAGCCAUGCGUCAAUGGAUCCUCCACUUAAAUUCGGUACAGAGGACUCUUUUGCUAAACAGAGUAACGAACAGGACGGAUCAAAGUCUUUGCAUGGCAAGAUGCUGACCGAUGCCGUCUUCAGCGAGCUUGAAGACAGAAGCAUCUUUUUGAUGAAGGAAGAGCUGAAAAGAUUCAAGAAAGUGCUGAACCCAGACUACCCAGCAUGCUCUGUGAGAGAGGAGGAGGAGGAGGACGAAGGGCAGAGCCAUGUGAGCGAGGCAGUUCUGAAGAUUGUGCUUCACGUGCUGCAGAAGAUGAAACGGACAGACCUCUCUAAAACACUACAGACCAAGCUGAUCUCAGUGAGUCAAAAACAACUGAAAUCCAGACUGAAGCAGAAAUUUCAGAAAAUCAACGAAGGAGUCUCAAAUCAAGGGAAUGCAACACUUUUGAACGAGAUCUACACAGAGCUUUAUAUCACAGAGGGAGGGACUGGAGACAUCAGCAAUGAGCAUGAGGUGAGACGGAUUGAGACCUCAUUGACUCGGGAGACUCGGGUAAUACCAAUCCAAUUUAAUGACAUCUUCAGAUCCUUACCUGGACAAGACUAUCCCAUCAGAACGGUGCUGACCAAAGGAGUUGCUGGAAUAGGAAAAACUGCUUCAGUGCAGAAGUUUGUUCUGGACUGGGCUGAAGGAAAAGCUAAUUGGGAUGUUCACUUCAUCUUUCCACUUCCUUUCAGAGACCUGAAUUUGAUAAAAGAGAAACAGAUGAGUCUGAUGGAGCUUCUGUGCUGUUUUUUCACAGAACUAAAACAAAUAGAAUAUGAUAUCUAUAAAAUCAUUUUCAUCUUUGAUGGUCUGGAUGAGUGGCGUCUUCCUCUGGAUUUCCAGAACAAUGAGAUAUUGUGGGAUGUGACCAAAUCAGCUUCAGUAGACGUGCUGUUGACUAACCUCAUAAAGGGAAACCUCCUUCCUUCUGCUCUCAUCUGGAUUACCAUGCGACCGGCGGCAGCCAAUCAGAUCCCUGCAGAGUUUGUUGACCGGGUCACAGAGGUACAAGGGUUCAGAGAGCCUCAGAGGGCUGAGUAUUUUCAGAGAAAAAUAAAAGAUCACAAUCUGGCUAAUAGGAUCAUCACACACAUCCAGUCGUCGAGGAGCCUUCACAUCAUGUGCCGCAUCCCAGUGUUCUGCUGGAUCUCUGCCACUGUUCUUGAGAAGAGGUUGAGUGGAGCAAAGAGUACAGAGAUUCCUAAGACUCUCACUCAAAUGUUUGUGCACCUCCUGAUUGUUCAGACCAAACUGAAGGCCCAAAAGUACGAUGGGAAAUGUGAAGUAGAGCUGGACAGAAACGGCAUCCUGUCACUUGGGAAACUGGCUUUUCAACAACUGGAAAAAGGCAACUUGGUAUUCUACGAGGAGGACUUGAGACAGUGCGACAUUGAUGUACGAGACGCAUCCAUGUACUCUGGAGUUUGUACUCAGAUCUUUAGAGAAGAGUUUGGACUAAAGAUAGAGAAGGUGUAUAGCUUUGUGCAUUUGAGUGUUCAAGAGUUUUUCGCUGCCUUGUUUAAGUUCCUUUCCUUUGUGGAAAAAAAAAAUGCCUCAAUGACAGAUUUUCUGAAGCGUGAAGUGGAUAGGUCCUUGCAGAGCGGAAAUGGACACCUGGAUCUUUACCUUCGCUUUCUGCUAGGCCUAUCGUUAAAGUCCAAUCAGACUCUACUAUGUGGAUUAUUCACAACGACGAGAGGCUCCUAUGAUUCAUGUGAAAUUGUUGAGUAUAUUAAGAGUAAAAUUCGAGAAAAUCCUUCUCCAGAGAAGUCCAUCAAUCUGUUUCACUGUUUGAACGAGCUCAAUGACCAGUCUCUGGUGCAGGAGGUCCAAAAGUACCUGAGCAGUAGAGGCACCCAUCGCCUCUCUGGAGUCAAGCUCUCUCCGGCCCAGUGGUCGGCUCUAGUGUUUGUGCUGCUGAACUCGGCAGAGGACCUGGAUGAGUUUGAACUAAGGCAAUAUGACCUGUCGGAGGAGUGUCUUCUGAGGCUGCUGCCAGUGGUCAAAGCUUCCAGAAAGGCAGAUCUUAGGGGCUGUAAUCUCACAGAUCAAAUCUGUUCAGCCCUGGCCUUCGCUCUCAGCUCAAUCUCCUCCAGUUUAAGAGAGCUGGACCUCAGUGACAACAACCUCCAGGUGUCAGGAGUACAGCUUCUCUCUGCAGGACUGAAGAGUCCUCACUGUAAACUGGAGAUACUGAAGUUGUGUAAUUGCAGUAUUAGAGAGGAAAGUUGUGUCACUCUGGUUUCUGCUCUUAUAUCAAACCCAUCACAUCUGAGAGAACUCAGUCUAAACUCCAAUACACCUGGAAAUUCAGCGAUGAAGCUUUUAUCUGAUUUACUGGAAGAUCCACAAUGUAAACUAGAGAAACUACAGCUGUAUGAAUGCAGUAUUAGAGAGGAAGGUUGUGCUGCUCUUGCUUUAGCGCUGAUAUCAAACCCGUCUCAUCUGAGAGAACUCAAUCUCAACCAUAAUGAACCAGGGGAUUCAGGAGUGAAGCUUCUCUCUCAUCUACUGAAGGAUCCACACUGUAAACUAGAAAAACUACAGCUCAAUGACAGCAGUAUUGGAGAGGAAGGUUUUGCUGUUCUGGUUUCAUCUCUUAUAACAAACCCUUUACACAUAAGAGAACUCCAUUUAAGUCGGAACAAACCUGGUGACUCAGGAGUGAAGCUUUUGUCUGACCUUCUGAAAGACUCAAACUGUAAACUUGAGAAACUACAGCUGGAGAGCUGCAGUAUUGGGGAGAAAGGUUAUGCUGCUCUGGCUUUAGCUCUAAAAUCAAACCCGUCUCAUCUGAGAGAACUCAAUCUGAACCACAAUGAAACACAAGACGCGGGAGUGAAGCAUCUCCCUAUUCCUCUGAAGGACCCACAUUGCAAACUCGAGAAACUAGAGCUGGUAUACAACGGUAUUGAUGAAGAAGUUUGCAUCGCUUUAGUUUCAUCUCUUAUAUCAAACCCAUCUCACCUGAGAGAGCUCAAUUUGAGUUCAAACCAACCCGGAGAUUCAGGAGUGAAGCUUUUGUCUGAUCUACUGAAGAACCAACACUGCAAACUGGAAAAACUAAAGCUGUAUGACUGCAGUAUUAGAGAGGAAGGUUGUGCUGCUCUUGCUUUAGCGCUGAUAUCAAACCCGUCUCAUCUGAGAGAACUCAAUCUUAACAAUAAUCAGCCAGGGGAUUCAGGAGUGAAACUUCUCUCUGAUCUACUGAAGGAUCCACACUGUAAACUGGAGAAACUACAGCUGGAACACUGCAGCAUUGCUAAGAAAGGUUUUGCCGCUCUAGCUUCCGGUAUGAAAUUGAACCCAUCGCACAUGAGAGAACUCAAUCUGAGCAGAAACGAACCAGGAGACCCUGGAGUGAAGAUGCUGUCUGACCUCCUGAAGCAUCCACACUGUGAACUUGAGAAACUAGAGCUCGAUGACUGCAGUAUUGGUGAGGAAGGUUUUUCUGCUCUGGUUUCAGGUCUGAUUUCAAACCCGUCACACAUCAGAGAACUCAAUCUGAACUCCAGUAAACCGGUUUUCUCAGGAAUGAAUUUACUCUGCGAUCUGCUGAAAGAUAAUCGCUGCAAACUCAAUAAACUACAGCUGGAGAGCUGCAGUAUCGGAGAGGAAGGUGGUGCUGCUCUGGCUUUAGCUCUGAAAUUAAACCCCUCUCAUCUAAGAGAGCUCAAUCUGAACUGCAACGAGCCGGGAGACGCGGGAGCGACGCUUCUGUCCUUUCUUCUGAGGAAUCCGCACUGUAAACUAGAGAAACUAGAGUUGUCUCACUGCAGUAUUACAGAGAGCGGCUGCGCUGCUCUGAGAUCAGCUCUGAGAGCAAACCCUUCACACCUGAGGGAACUCAACCUGAACUACAACCAGGACACUCCACACUGACUCCACUUUCUCAUCAACUAACUUCGAAAUGCUUCCAGCUUGUUUUGCGUUGCCUUUGUUUUUAGUCUGGCCGGAGGGUGGCGGUACGAUGUGAGCGGUAUGCCCUAGGGGCGGGGUAUAUGGGACGAUCUGAGGGCCACGUUGUAGCAUAAUCACAUGACUCCUUAAAAUGGUCAGCGUCUUCUGCUAGUUAGUGAAGCAAUAAACCGCUAACCUGAUAAAUAACAGACUGGAGAUUAGACUAAUUUUAAGUAAAUACUAAAACGGAGAUGAACAAUUUUCAUUUUUUUCAUUUCGGCACAAAAAUUUCCCCAAACCCUUAACUUUCGUCGAAGUCAAACAAAUGAAAAUGGGCGUCUCUAAAGUACCGGUCACAAUAUUGACAGCCUUUUAUUCAACAGGCCUGUUUUUGUAGUUUGCCGAGACGAAAGCUGUUCAGUAACACGUCUGGAGAUCAGAAGUCGAUGUGUGAUAUCAGCGUGACCACAGGGAGAUGCCAAACCACCACUAAACACAGAAAUGUGUUUAAAAAUAGUGUUUUAUAAAAUAAUGUAAAAUGUCUGGUUUUAUUUAAAAAUGUCUUGAGAUUAUGCGCAAAAUACUAGCUUAUAUAGAAAUAAUACGUACGCACAACAAUAGAAAAUUAUUCCAUUAACAAUUUCAAUAUUCAUGGAUCUAAUUUUUUAAUAAAGAAAUUGUAAAUAUUUUUUAUUUUUCAUGUGCUCUUACAUAUAUAUUGUGAAUGAUAUGAUUUUGUUGUUUGGCUAUCCUGGUGUUAUUUUAAAGGGGUUUUUUUCUUUAAAGAAGUUAAUGUCAAGAUGUUUUAAUGACUAUUUUGGGAUAUUUCUCUUUGUUAACUGAUUUACGUGCAUUGCAGAGUAGAAAUACCGCCUAUGUUUUCUAAACAUCCACAAACACAACUUAUCUUUUGGCUUUAGAGGAGUCAAACACUUGAAAACGUUUGUCCAGUGAGUUCACGCUUCAACAAAACGUCGAUUAAAACAAUUUAUUUAAACUGA